AUGCCUGCCUUUAACGUCGUUGUGUUUGGUGGUGAUUGCUCCGGUCCCGAGGUGACCACCGAGGCCAUUAAGAUCCUCCGCGUCCUCGAGAAGAACCGUGAUGUUAGCUUCAAUCUGCAGGACCACCUGCUCGGCGGCGCUUCCAUUGACGCAACGGGAUCGCCCUUGACCGACGAAGCCUUGAAUGUGGCCAAAAACGCGGACGCCGUUCUCCUGGGAGCGAUCGGAGGCCCGAAAUGGGGCACCGGCAGCGUGCGCCCCGAGCAGGGCAUCUUGAAGCUGCGCAAAGAGAUGGGCACGUUCGGCAACCUGCGGCCGUGCAACUUCGCGGCGCCGUCGCUGGUCGAGAGCUCGCCGCUGAAGGCCGACGUGUGCCGCGGCGUGGACUUCAACAUCAUCCGCGAGCUGACGGGCGGUAUCUACUUCGGCGAGCGCAAGGAGGACGACGGCAGUGGCUACGCCAUGGACACGGAGCCGUACUCGCGCGCCGAGAUCGAGCGCAUCACCCGCCUGGCCGCGCACCUGGCUCUGCAGCACAACCCGCCGCUGCCCGUGUGGAGUCUGGACAAGGCCAACGUCCUGGCUACUAGCCGGCUGUGGCGCAAGGUUGUCUCCGAGGUCAUGGCCAAGGAGUUCCCACAGGUCCAGAUCGGUCACCAGCUCAUUGACUCGGCUGCUAUGCUGAUGGUCAAGGAUCCGCGCAAGCUCAAUGGUAUCGUUGUGACCAGCAACCUCUUUGGUGAUAUCAUUAGCGACGAGGCUAGUGUUAUCCCUGGGUCUUUGGGUCUGCUGCCCUCUGCCAGCCUAAGUGGUGUGCCCGAUGGCAAGAGCCGUGUCAACGGUAUCUACGAGCCUAUCCACGGUUCUGCCCCCGAUAUCGCCGGCAAGGGCAUCGUCAACCCCGUCGCCGCCAUCCUCUCCGUCGCCAUGAUGGCGCAGUACUCGUUCGGCAUGUUCGACGAGGCCCGCGCGAUCGAGAAGGCCGUCAGCAACGUCAUCGAGUCGGGCGUCCGCACGGGCGACAUCGGCGGCAAGUCCAACACCAGCGAAGUGGGCGACGCCGUCGCGGCCGAGCUGGAGAAGCUGCUCAAGUAA